AUGCACCACCAGGACGAAUGCCAGGGGCAGCGUGCUGAGGGAGAUGCUCGUGUUCCUCGACCAGCAUCGCGGUCAGGGCAGGGCCGCGUUAGCUCCGUGCCAGCCUUUGCCAUUGUGCUGCUUUCAACGGCUGGUUGCACGAUCGUGCUUGGAGUCACCGGCGUCGUGUACACGGCUCAACCUCGUCCGGUCUCCACUAAGAACGAGUCGCACGAGCGCCGCGUCGAAAUUCGCAUCCAGGCCUCCAGGUCUAAGUUGGCCACCGACGGUGCGUGCGAGUCCAGGUUCUGCGAAUGGAACAGGGACUAUAUCCUGCGCGCCGCGGACCCCUCCAAGGACCCCUGCGACGACUUUUAUGCUCACGCCUGCAAUGCGCAGCGCUGGUACCGAGUAGGAAGUCGGUCGACAAGGCCAUUCGCGGAACUCGGCACAGCGCAGCUAAUGACGGACAUGGAGCACUUUUUCCGGUACUUCGUCCAACUGAAGGGCAGUCCGAUAGAGGAUAACUUCCUGUCACGCGUGAUGUGGAUCAGCGACGCCUGCCAGAACAGCACGGCUCCGAGGACGAACAUGUCGGCGGAGCUUGAGGAGAUGUUCAACGUCUUGGGUCUUGCCGGUGGGCUGCCGGUCAGGGUCGUCGCUAGAGGAAAGCUGGCCGAGCUCGUGGCAGGCGGCGACAGACACUUGCAGCUCCAGCCGCUGUUUAAAGUCAGAGUGCUGCGCCGAAGAGAGCCGGGUGAGACUGGCAGCUUCGACAUUGUCCUGUCUGCUCCGGACACGCUGUAUCGACGUUUCCUGACCAACUUCGUCGACUCCACCGAUUCGAUGUACACCGACUUCGUCGCCAAGACGUUGAGUCUCGCCACCCCGGCCGAUACUCGAUCGACGGCGAGGAAGAUAAUGCAGCUGGAGAAGCGACAAGAGAGCUUUUCGCUGGCCUCUGCAGAUGAGCUCAUGAUGCCUCCUAGAGAGAAAUACGCGUCGAUCGAUGAUCUAGUUCUCUCCGACAACUGGGACUGGCUCGUUUACUUCAACUCGCUUAUCUCCAACGCCAACAUCAGUAACGACACUAAGGUCUUCGUGAGCGACCCCAUAUAUUUCCGAAACCUGGGUUCUGUCCUUGGGGGGGCCUGGGAUGCGAUAGUUGCGAACUACAUGGCGUAUAAAGCGAUCGUGGAACUCGCUCCUGUAUUGGGCCAGGACGCUGAAUACCUGCUCCAGUUCUCUCACAGCUACGACGUGCCAGACCUAGGCGAGCGGCAGACGGCCUGUCUGUCGCUGGUAGAGAAGCUCUUCAGGUACGGCGUGGGCGUAGCCGCCAAGCUCACGCUAGGAAAGGAGUUCGCCACUACACCGCGCAGUUACAUGGACGCACAGCUGGAGCAUCUGUUCAACGUGUCCAGGCACAUGAUCUCCGGACUAGUCGACUCCGGACGCUCCUGGCUAGACUCCUUCGACAAAGGCACGGCGUUGCGCAAAUUGAGCAACAUGCGCUUCGAGUUCGGUGCCCAGUGUAACCUGGUGGAAUACGAGCUGUACCGGCGAAACCAUGCAGCUUUCAACAGUUCGAAUCCACUGCCAUUAUCAGACGAAGUUGGAAGUGACAACUUCACGAGUCAUUCUUGGGACCAACAGCCACUUCCGCACGUUGUAUUCCUCUUCUACUCGAUCGCUUCGGCCACCUACUGGGAUGCCUGGGGUAGCGCCACGUCGCGCGCUUACGACAACCGCUACUCGUUGACUGCUUUUCGAACGGGCUACGAGCUCCAGCAUACGGGCAAUCUCCUGGUUAUUCCGCAUGCCACCGUAGCGUUUCUCAGUCAGAUGAGCAACGUCGUCCACCCCGUCGUGUACGGCGUGGUCGCGGCGGACCUGGUUCGCGGUCUCGUGGAAGCGCUCGCCAGGAGCGGCUCCUCGGUGGACGCAGACUCGCAGGCUCGUUUUUGGUGGAGCAUCGGAACACUUGACGUGUAUGAGAACGUGAGCACUUGCCUCCAGUCCCAGUACCAGCCGCCUGUGGCCGAGGGAGCCAGACUGCGUUCUUUAGAAACCGACUUUCUCGACAACGCGGUGGCUUACCCGCUCUUCCAACUAUACAGGGAUUCGGCGAUCGACCUCGGUAACGUGAGCGUCGUUUCUCCUCAUGGCGCCGAGGAAGCUGAACGUCCCCUGACGAUGGACCAGAUGUUCUUCUACAACUUCGCGGCAGCCCUCUGCGACUUCAGGGACGAAGACCUGUGGCAGCAGCAGCGCAAGUUCCACAUAACGCCCGCUCCGUGGCGCGUAAACGUGCCGUUGAAGAACCUGCGUGCUUUUUCGGACGCGUUCGCUUGCAAGCCCGGGUCGCCUAUGAACCCUGCAAAGCGGUGCAUCGUGUGGAAGGAAAAACGUUCUGCUCCCGCUGCGUAA